AUGCGCGCCGCGGCCGUCCUCGUGCUCGCGGCGGCCGCCGCCGGCCAGGACUCGCCGAGCUGCUUCGCGAAGCCCGCCGACGCCUGCGCGAACCUGCUCUGGGCGACGCAAAAUAACAAGACCAUGACCAUGUGCUUGGUUCCCUCGCCGCCGGCCUUCCUCUCCAAGGCCGAGGCCGCGCGGUGCUGCGGCCUCGGCCUCGGCUGCCCCGGCGACUUCAUCGAGUGGGCGGCCAAUGGCUACGACCCCGCGGGGUCGAAGAGCAAGCUCGGCGACUGCUACUGCGACGCGGGCGCCGGCGACUGCGCGUCGGGCACGAUCGCCAAGUACUACGCGCUCUGCGGCUGCGGCGACGCGGCGGCGGCGGCGUCCUAG